AUGUUGGCGUCGCCAGAGAUGUUCAAGGUACUGCGAGGACUGCGAUACCGCAGUGCUGCCAUGGCUGAGGUAGUGGGCUCGUACGUCACAUGCAUCGUUCGCACACACGACAAUGUGUACGGUGCAGCUCGUGAGAUACUUGUGCUGGAAAAAGUUAACGACUGCCGCAGAUUGAAAGUCUACAUCCGCGAUUUCGUGUCGGAUGUGCAGCAACCGAUUAUCCAGAUCAACGGGUAUGGCUUCCAGCGAGAGCUGGAUCUCAGCAAAGCUCUUGCCAUUGCUAUGCGCUAUGCAUCUUCUGGUCUCCAUGCAAUCGAGUUCAUUGGCUGCCCAUCGAUCAAUCUGGAUCUUCUGAAAGCUCUUCCCCAGCUUUUACCUGGGCUGCAGACCGUUACAGUCCACGACUGUGCCAACUUCGACUUGGAAUGGGCAAUAAAUGCCAAGGAAGACGCUCCUGACGAUCUUCCAUUCACCGUCGAUGUUGAAUUUUCGCUUCCCGAACACUCUCCUCCGUGGACUUUCGUUGACGACAGCGAGUGCAGAGAUCUGUACACCCGGUGUUUGGAAGCACGUCCGCUCAUAGGCAUGGUCCAAUGGGUUCACAACGUGGCGAUGUUGGGCGGUAUAUUGAGACGACAACCAACCAUCCAGCACUGCAUAAUGCAGUGGUUUAACCUGUCAGAGAAGCGCACCGGUCGUGAUGUCCCCAAACUUGUGCUGGAACAUGCUCUGAGAAUAUCCGACCUGAGAGAAGCCCUAAGCGGCACCAAAGACAAAACGGGCAAGGUCGUCGAAGGCAAGGCGCUGAAGAAUUUCAAGCGACAGCAUGUACUGCAUGCACUUGGACGACUUGCCCGGAGAUUACAACGCCAUGCUCGACUGCGCGACGCGUCUGCGCCCGGGAGUCUGUGCUCAAGUUCAACGACAAUGAUGAGAAUGACGAUGAUGCUAGUCUUGUCGUAG